GGCGUCGACUCGAUGCGAGAGAGAGAACGAGGAAGGACGCGACUCGGGCAGCUAAAUAGCAGACGUGUAUUUGUUUACACAUGACGUUCGUUGAAGUUUUGUUAAAUAUUAUUAAUUGAAGGAUUCUAUCGUUCCACUUCAAUUAUUGGUGUGCACUUCGAAGACACAGUGAUUAUUGAAGUACAAAAAUAAGCAGUGCUGCUUUCUUCGAAUACAUAUACAUAUACGCAGUGUAUGCAUGGGGUGUUGCGUGUUGCAUUUCAUAGUGAAAUUUCGGAGCCAAGCCACGAUUCGACGAGGCGUAUCAAAAUUUACUCCGUUUACAUUUGUGCGCACUUUGCAACGAAACAACUGUGAAUUCACGACUAAUUAUUAAAGAACUUCAAGAUUUGUGCGAUUGUCACAUCAAUAAAUGAAGAGACUGUACUGAGAAAUCAUUUUAACCUUGAUCACUCGAACACGUACCUUCUCAGCAAUUUGAUUGAUUACUCCUAGAGACGUACACACUAAAGAAAAAUGGGUUGUGCUUCAAGCUCUCACAUCGACAAAGCCGCCGCCGAGCGAUCAAAAAAGAUCGAUAAAGAUCUUCGGGCAGAUGGCGAAAGAAUCGCCAACGAAGUCAAAUUACUUUUACUCGGAGCUGGAGAAUCUGGUAAAUCUACGAUAGUAAAACAAAUGAAAAUAAUCCACGAAACGGGUUACAGUCAAGAGGAAUGCGAGCAAUACAAACCAGUCGUGUACAGCAAUACAAUCCAAAGUUUGAUGACGAUAAUUCGGGCUAUGGAGCAAUUGAAAAUAGACUUCACCGACUCGAGCAAAAUUAAUGUGGCCCGAGAUUUUUUCACAUUAGCAUCUUCUACACCUGAAGGAGAGUUGAAUAGUGACUUGGUGAUUUUGAUGAAAAGUUUGUGGCAAGAUCCUGGUGUUCAGAAAUGUUUUGAACGCAGUCGCGAAUACCAGCUCAAUGAUUCAGCAGCUUACUAUUUAAAUGCUAUAGAUCGCAUCACAAUGCCUAACUACAUUCCAACGCAGCAAGACGUCUUAAAAACGAGAAUAAAAACUACAGGAAUUGUGGAAACACGUUUCUCGUUUAAAGGAUUGCAAUUCAAAAUGUUUGACGUGGGCGGCCAGCGUUCCGAAAGGAAAAAAUGGAUUCACUGCUUUGAGGAUGUCACUGCGAUCAUUUUUUGCGUAGCUUUGAGUGAAUAUGACUUAGUUCUUGCUGAGGAUGAAGAAAUGAACCGGAUGAUCGAGUCAAUGAAAUUAUUCGAUUCUAUAUGUAACAGCAAAUGGUUCGUCGAUACGUCAAUCAUACUUUUUUUGAACAAGAAAGAUAUCUUUGAAGAAAAGAUAACCAAGAGCCCAUUAACAAACUGCUUUCCUGAAUAUAGGGGUCCGAAUACUUUCGACGAGUGCGCAUCGUACAUACAGAUGAAAUUCGAAGAUCUUAACCAACGCAAGGAACAGAAGCAAAUUUACACUCACUUUACAUGUGCCACAGAUACAAGUAAUAUCCAGUUUGUUUUUGACGCUGUUACAGAUGUAAUUAUACAAAACAAUCUUAGCAGUUGCGGAUUGAUAAGUUGAGUAUUUCUUGUCAUAAAAUAUUUAAUGUAAAUCGUCGCAUUAAUCGAAUUAAAAACUCGUAACGUCAAAUAGUAGCAAUAUUGUAAGGUGAGAACUGAAAUUAAUAAUUUAUACAUCUUGCCAAUGAUUACUACUGUUUGGACAGAAAUCUUUACCAAAACGAAAGCAGACUAACUUAUUUAUACCUCGAUACAAUUUAGGGAAUGCUAGUUUAUUUUUUUAUUAAUUUCUAUUUUUAAUCGCGUGCUACGAACAUAGUAUCAGAUACUUUUCACAUAUAUAAAUAUAAUAUGAAAACACUCUUGCACUGAUCAAUUCUGUGCAAGUUUAUAAACAAAUUAAUUAAAAUAAACUUUUCACUGAAUAUUUACCACAUCUAUUCAAUUAAGAAAUUGAUGCAUGCGUUUGCAUUUAUCUAAGUAGAAUUAUGUAUUCGCGAUUGUUAUACUAACGUACUGUGUGUUAGCAUUAACAACGUUAGAGUGAGAAAUGAGGCUCUAAAUACAAUUUGACAUUUAGUGUACAAAAAGCAAAAUUAUAAAAAAUGUUGGUACUCGUUAUAAAAAAUGGAUGGAUUUUUUAUCAAAUAAUUUUGAAAUAUAGCUUGCACUUGUACGAAUUGCAGAAAAUAUAAUAAUGAUGACCUAAAAAAUUUGUGACCAAUAUAUUUAUUUUAUAACAAUAAUUUUAAAAGUAAAAUGAUUCAGUAUUGCAGGAUUUUCUUCUUCUAUAAAUAAAAUGAUCCUAAAAAAUGUUUGUAUAAUCGCCAUUAUAACACUGAUAAAAUUGUAAAUUAUACAUUGCUCAAAAUGAAAAACAGUCAAAACCACUUUACCUCAAUGCAUAAAGCUUUAUAAAGAAAUUAACAAAAAUAUAAAAAUUUCAGACAUAAUUUUGUAUGGCUUAUUCGCUGCAUUUUAUUUAAUAAAAAAGAAUUGCGUUGAUAUUCCUACAAAUUUUAACAUUCUCAUUAAAACACAAGUUUUGCGGAGAUUCUUUAAACUUUUUCACUCCAUAUUGUGUAAUUUCAUCAAAUCAUAAUAAUUUAUUGUGAAUGCAUAAUAUACUCCGUUAAACUGCAAGAUUCAAAAAACUCCAUAAAUAUUUCGGACAAUAUGUACUGACGUUUCUGCUACAAAAUCUCAUAUUAAUAAGCCUACUAUGCUCGACAAAAGUGAUAGUAUUUUUAUACACAGUAUACGUUUAUUGCUAUGGCUUUCAAUGUUUGAAGUUAAAUAGCAAAACAUAUUGGAAAGUGAGAAGUACAAAUUCUGACAUGCAAUGCCUACGAUUUUUUUACACAAUUUUAUAAUUUCCACA